CGUCCCGUCCCGUCCAGUCCGCCUCCUCCGUCGUCUUCCUCGCCACCUCCGCGCUCUCCACCCCCGGCCUCUCCGCUCCCAUCCCCCGCGGAAACCCUAACCCGCCCUCUCGGCCCCGUCGGCUCAUGACGGCACCCCGCCGCGCUCGAGGAGGAGGGAGAGGAUUCGCGACCGCGCCGCCGUCGCCGCCGCGAUAGCGCGCCCCCGGCCCCGCCAUCCCCGCGCUCGGCCCGCCCGCGGGUCGUUCCCGCAGCAACCGCCAUGUUCGAGGGCCACGUGCUGUAUCUGCUACGCAAAUAUUUGGGUGAAUAUGUUGAAGGGCUUUCUGUCGAAGCUCUUAGGAUAAGUGUCUGGAAAGGUGAUGUUGUUCUAAAAGACUUAAAACUUAAGGCUGAAGCACUCAAUUCUCUCCGGCUUCCAGUGACAGUGAAAGCUGGGUUUGUUGGCACCAUAACCUUAAAGGUCCCAUGGAAGAGCCUGGGUAAAGAACCAGUCAUUGUUCUUAUUGAUCGUCUAUUUGUUCUUGCUCAUCCUGCUCCUAACGGACAGACUAUAAAGGAAGAAGAUAGAGAAAAACUUUUUGAAGCCAAGCUUCAGCAGAUUGAGGCUGCAGAGGCAGCAACUCUUGAAGCAACAAGUAGGAACUCAAAAGGAGGACCUGUACCAGGUGGAAAUUCAUGGCUAUACAAUUUGAUAUCUACAAUUAUUGGUAAUCUUAAAGUAACCAUCAGUAACGUACACAUCAGAUAUGAAGAUUCUGUCAGCAAUUCUGGGCACCCGUUCGCGUCUGGUUUCACAUUAUCAAAACUUGCAGCCGUUACAGUGGAUGAGGAUGGUAAUGAGACAUUUGAUGCCGGUGUAGCCCUAGAUAAGCUGCGAAAGUCUGUCGAACUGCAUAGGCUGGCCAUCUACCAUGACUCCGACAGCAAACCUUGGAAGCUUAGUAAGAAAUGGGAAGAUCUAAAUCCUACUGAGUGGAGAGAGAUAUUCCAAGAUGGCAUUGAUGAUCACUCUGUAAAUUCCAUAUGGGCAGUAAAUCGGAACUACUUAGUUUCACCUAUAAAUGGAACUCUUAAAUAUAAACGACUUGGAAAGAAUGAAAGAGGGGAUCCAGAUACCCCUAUUGAGAAAGCCUCACUUGUCCUGAGUGAUGUUUCUUUAACUGUAACUGAGGCACAGUAUUAUGAUGGUAUUAAACUCUUGGAAACAUUCUCAAGGUUUAGAACACGUGUUGAUGUGUCUCACUUACGACCUAUUGUACCAGUAAAGGAAGAUCGUCGUGCUUGGUGGCGUUAUGCAAUGCUUGCUGGUCUGCGACAAAAGAAACUAUGCUAUUGGUUCUCAUGGGAGAGAACUAGGCACCUCUGCCAGCUUCGUCGCCGUUAUGUUCAAUUGUAUGCUACCCUGUUGCAACAAGCUCCUAAUGUUGAUAUUUCUGAAAUUCGGGAGAUAGAGAAAAUUCUAGACACGAAGGUCAUAAUACUUUGGAGGUUGUUGGGACACGCCAAGGUUGAGACAGUGAAAUCAAAGGGAACACUACAUAGAAAAGGCGCCUCAAAGAAAAGAUGGUGGCCUUUUGGAUGGAACUCGGCUGGUUUACCUUGUGACGAAGCUACAAAUCAAGAACCACAGUUAGAUGAAGAGGAGCAGCUGACCAAAGAAGAGUGGCAGGCUAUUAAUAAGUUGUUGAGUUACCAAACUGAUGAAGAUCUGUCUUUCCCUGUUGAGAAGGUUUCCCCAAAUAUGAUUCAAUUUGUGAUGGAUGUAUCUAUUGGCCAGGCUGGUGCAAGGAUUAUCAAUAUUGAUCGAACUGAGGUUUUAUGUGGUAGAUUUGAGCAGCUUCAGGUUGUCACUAAGUUGUAUCCGAAGAGCACAAGAUGUGGUGUAACUUUGAAAUAUUGUGGUCUAUCUUCUCCAGAAGGUUCUCUUGCUCAGAGUGUUGUUAGUGAAGGAAAGAACAAUGCUCUUGAUGUCAGUUUUGUACGUGCGCCAAUUGGUAUGGACCUUGAUUGGCAGCUCAUAGCAAAGAUAUCACCCUGCCAUGUUACGUUUCUGAAGGGGAGUUAUGAACGUUUUCUAGAAUUCAUUAAGCGAAGCAAUGCUGUUAGCCCAACAGUGACUAUGGAAACAGCAACUGCUCUACAGAUCAAGUUGGAGCAGGUCACACGAAGAGCUCAGGAGCAGCUUCAGAUGGUAUUAGAGGAACAAAGCAGAUUUGGACUUGAUAUUGAUCUGGAUGCCCCAAAAGUUAGGAUUCCCUUGACUGCUAAUGAACCUACAGUGGGCAACGAGUACUUUGUUCUGGAUUUUGGCCAUUUUACAUUGCAUACGAGAGAUGGUAUGUGUGACGAAGAAAGACAGAGUCUCUACUCACGCUUUUAUAUUGCUGGGAGGGAUAUGGCUGCUUUCUUUAUUUGUGAUUUAGCCCAAGAGAUAUACUCAAUACCUAAAAAUUUAGGCCAAGAUAUCCUCCCAGGACAUACCUCUCAUGAUAAUCAGUUCAGUUCUCUUCUUGAUCGCUGUGGAAUGUCAGUGAUAAUUGACCAGAUCAAAGUUCCACAUCCGGAUUAUCCAUCAACUCGUGUUUCUUUUCAAGUACCCAAUCUGGAUAUUCACUUCUCACCGAAAAGGUACGGCAAGAUUGUCGAACUUCUUGGUGUACUUAACCAUCUGAAGGGAGGCAAUAAUGAAGUUUCAGAUAGCCAAAAAAGUGGUAGCCUGCUGCCUUGGUAUCCUGCUGAUCUAGCUGCUGAUGCUAGAACUUUGGUUUGGAGGGGCCUUGGCUAUUCGCAAGCUGGAUGGCAUACUUGCUAUAUUGUAUUAUCUGGGAUGUAUCUUUAUAUUUUAGAGUCAGAACUGUCCCAGAAUUACCAACGGUGUUGUAGCAUGGCUAAUCGACAAGUAUUUGAGGUGCCACCAACUAGUGUUGGUGGGUCUCUUUACAGUAUUGGUGUGUGUUCUAGAGGUGCAGACACGAAAAAGGCACUAGAAUCGACCAACACACUUGUAAUUGAAUUCCGUAACGAAAUUGAGAAGGCUGAUUGGAUGAAAGCACUUGUCCAGGCAACUUAUCGGGCUUCUGCCCCUCCUGAUGUUAACAUAUUAGGAGACCCUGUCAGCCCUCCAGAAUCAAGUACUCCAAGGCUGAGUAGCUUGGGAUCAGUGGAUCUUGUUGUGAAUGGCUCUGUUAUUGAAACUAAACUUUCAAUGUAUGGAAAGUUGGACAGAAAGAGCAAAGAUCCACAAGAGCUUCUAAUGUUAGAGCUCCUUGGAUAUGGAGCCAAGGUUAAUGUUGUUCAAUCUUCUCGUGGUCUUAGUGUGAAAACAAAAUUGCAUUCGCUGAAAAUCAAGGACGAGCUACAAGGUCGUCUUUCCAUGUCUUCAAAGUAUCUAGUAUGCUCUGUAAUUGAUGAAAGUGUGGAAGAUACCUGUUCUGGUACACCUGACAAAGAGGGCGACCUAAACACCUUUUCUGUGGAUGAGGAUUCUUUCAUGGAUGCACUGGCGGAUUUUACUUCGGAUCAAAACUGUAAUUUGCAUGACUAUGAAAUUCCUAACUUGGUUUCUGAUGCAAAUGAUCAUACUGCAACGUGUUCAAAGGAUGGUUUAUGGUUGGAAGGGGAUGAGCAGAAAGUGAAUCCUACUGAAAUAUUUUAUGAGGCACAAGACAAUAAUGUGACAGAUUUCGUUGUUCUUACAUUUUUGAGCAGGAGUCCUGAUUCUUGUCUUUAUGAUGGUAUUGAUUCACAGAUGAGUAUUCGUAUGUCCGCUCUGGAAUUCUACUGUAACAGACCCACACUUGUUGCUCUCAUGGAGUUUGGAUUUGACCUUAGUACAGUUAAUUCUGUGCCAAGAAAUAGUCCUGAUAUGGCACCUGCAACACAGAUUGUGAAACCAUCAGAGAAGGAAGAUGGUGCUUCCACCAUUGUAAAAGGAUUGUUAGGUUAUGGGAAACGUCGAACCAUUUUCAACAUUAAAAUGGAUGUGGAUCGGGUAUCAAUGUUUCUUAACAAGGAAGAUGGUUCUCAGCUUGCAAUGUUUGUGCAAGAGAAAUUUCUGUUUGAUCUGAAGGUUCAUCCAGGUUCCUUUUCAAUUGAUGGUAUGCUGGGAAAUAUGAGAUUUUGCGACAUGUCUCUUGGGCCAGAUCAUCGCUGGGGUUGGCUUUGCGAUAUACGGAAGCCUGGUGUUGAGUCGCUUAUAAAGUUCACGUUCCAGUCAUACAGUGUUGAUGAUGAAGACUUUGAAGGGCACAAUUACAGUUUGACUGGGCAGCUUUCAGCUGUCCGUAUUGUCUUCCUCUACCGUUUUGUUCAAGAGUUCACUUCUUACUUUAUGGAGCUGGCAACCCCUCAUACUGAAGAAGCAAUUAAGUUUAUUGAUAAAGUUGGAGGUCUUGAGUGGUUAAUUCAGAAGUAUGAAAUAGAUGGUGCUUCUGCUAUAAAGCUGGAUCUUUCACUUGACACACCCAUAAUCAUUGUUCCAAAGAAUUCUCAGAGUAAAGAUUAUAUACAAUUUGAUCUUGGACAAUUAAAAGUAAGGAAUGAGUUCAGUUGGCAUGGAGGUGAAGAGACUGAUCCUUCUGCUGUAAGGCUUGAUGUUCUCCAUGCAGAGAUAAAUGGAAUCAACAUGGCGGUUGGAGUAAAUGGAACUUUAGGAAAGUGUAUGAUUCGGGAUGGUCAUGGCAUUAAUGUAGAGGUGCGACGUAGCCUGCGGGAUAUCUUCCGAAAGGUCCCGAUACUAUGUAUGAAAGUUCAGAUAGGAUUGCUUCAUGCUGUCAUGUCAGAUAAGGAAUACAAUGUGAUCACAAACUGUAUUUCAACAAAUUUAUCAGAGACGCCUAACCUUCCCCCAAGUUUUCGUGAAAAUGUGAACCGGACGAAGGAGUCUAUUCGUCUACUUGCAGAUAAAGUCAACCUUAGUAACCAUCCAGUGCUUUCACGUACCGUUGUUGUCAUGACUGUUGAUGUUCAGUAUGCGUUGCUUGAUCUUCGCAAUGGCCCAGAUGCAGGGUCUCCUCUGGCAAAGCUUGCUCUAGAAGGUCUAUGGGUAUCUUACAGGACAACUUCAAUGCUUGAAAUGGAUCUAUAUUUGUCUAUACUUAAAUUCUCCAUACAUGAUAUCCGUCCAGAUACAAAGUCUGAGAUGCGUCUGAUGCUAGGAUCUUAUUCAGAGACUGCUAACCUGUGUGCUGAGGACUCUUUAACUAAUGUGGGGGUUUCGAACCUCACAAUGCUGAUACUGGAUUAUCGUUGGCGUUCUUCCUUCCAAUCAUUUGUUAUAAGGAUUCAGCAGCCUCGUAUACUUGUUGUCCUGGAUUUUCUGCUUCCUGUUGUUGAAUAUUUUGUGCCUUCCUUAGGCACAAUAACUGGCAGAGAGGAAAGUCUGGACCCAAAGAAUGAUCCUCUUAUGAGGUCUGAUGAUAUUAUACUUUCCGAGCGUGUUUUCUUGCAAAGGGAAAAUGUUAUUCAACUCUCUCCUGGAAGGCAGCUCAUAGUUGAUGGUCGUGACAUUGAUGAGUUCAUUUAUGAUGGCUGUGGAGGCACUAUAUCGUUAUGCGAGGAAUUUGAUAACAAAGGCCAGCUAUACUCAGGGACUAUAAUCAUAAUUGGGCGUGGUAAAAGGCUUCGAUUCAAAAAUGUUAAAAUUGAGUGCACCGUUAUUUUGAUGCCAGACUUACACCUAGAUUGUUCUUUGUAUGGUCCAUACAAGAAUGGUGCCCUUCUUAGACGAUGUGUAUAUUUGAACACUGGAAGCAGCUAUUCAAUCGCUGCUGAAGAUGGUGUUGAAGUUUCUGUGUUAGAAAGUUCUUUCGGUAAUGAUGAUGACCUUUUGACACUUGAAGAUCAUAACAAAAGAACUCUCCAGAAUGCCAACGAUGCUCCUGCAAACCAAAUGCUGAAUUUUACAUUUGAAGCUCAGGUUGUAUCUCCGGAAUUUACCUUUUAUGACAGUUCAAAGUUAUCAAUGGAUGAUUCCUUGCAUAUUGAGAAGCUUCUUCGGGCCAAGAUGGAUUUCAGUUUUAUGUAUGCUUCAAAAGAAAAGGAUAUCUGGGCUCGAUCAGUUGUUAAGGACCUUACAGUUGAAGCUGACUCUGGUCUUCUUAUUCUUGAACCUGUAGAUGUUUCAUGGAAAUAUACUUCAGUCAAUGAAAAGACAAACAUAGUGUUGACAUCGACAGAUGUUUGCAUCCAUCUUUCACUGAAUGUUGCCUCUCUUAUUCUUAAACUGCAAAACCAAACUCUUGCAGCUUUGCAGUUUGGUAAUAUUAGCCCAUUGAUUUCUUGCACAAACUUUAAUCGAGUUUGGAGCUCACCACAAGGCGACCUACCUGGCUACAACCUCACCUUCUGGAGGCCACAAGCUCCCUCAAAUUAUGUGAUUUUGGGUGAUUGUGUGUCCUCGAGAUCUGUGCCACCAUCUCAGGUCGUGGUUGCUGUAAGUAAUACUUAUGGUCGUGUACGGAAACCUCUUGGAUUUAGGCUUCUUCGUGUAUUGCCUGGUUCGCUAGAUCUCAUUGAUUCUCCUCAGUCAACUGAAGAAAACGAGUGUUCCAUCUGGAUUCCGGUGCCACCACCUGGAUAUUUAGCUCUAGGAUGUGUGGUAAAUAUAGGAAGGCUGCCACCUUCGAACCAUGUAGUGUACUGCCUUCGUUCAGAUCUUGUGACUUCUGCAACAUUUUCAGAUUGUAUACACACUAUCUCAUCUGGUUCUGGCAGAAUAAUCUCUGGAUUUAGCAUUUGGCGUGUGGAUAAUGUGAUUGCUUCGUUCUACGCACAUUCUUCUACAGAACAACCCACUAGAACAGAAGCCCUUGAUUUGCACCAUGUUCUUCUUCGGAAUCCAAAUUGCUACAUUGUUAAAGAUCUAAAUGCAGAUUCACCUGUUGAAAAUGACCAGUCUUCUGAUCAAUUAACUCACCACCGCAAGGGUACGUCUGGAUGGGAUGUGCUUCGCACUUUGUCAAGACCAAGUACCUAUUGUGUGUCUACUCCACACUUUGAAAGAAUAUGGUGGGAUAAAGGCAAUGAGACCAAGAAGCCAUUUUCUAUAUGGAGGCCAUUACCUCGUUUUGGCUUUGCUUCAGUUGGUGACUGUGUAACUGAAGGGUUUGAACCGCCUACUCUUGGCAUUCUGUUUAAAUGUGACACGGUUGUUUCUGAGAGGCCUGUACAGUUUACUAGAGUGGCACAAAUUGAUAGGAAAGGCCUGGAUGAAAUAUUCUUCUGGUAUCCAGUGCCACCUCCCGGAUAUGCUUCCCUAGGAUGUAUAGUGACAAAAACAGAUGAAAUGCCAAGCAAGGACUCCAUUUGCUGCCCUAAAUCGAGUUUAGUUAGCCAAGCGAAUAUUGCAGAGGAUCCUAUCACCAGGUCUUCUAGCUCAAAGGGUCCUAACUGCUGGAGCAUUUGGAAAAUUGAAAAUCAGGGAUGUACUUUCCUUGCAAGGCCUGAUGUGAAAAAGCCAUCAGCACGACUGGCAUACCGUAUUGCUGACGCUGACCAUGCGAAGCCCAAGGCACGUGAAAAUAUUACUACAGAGUUGAAGCUGGGAUGUUUGUCAGUCAGCAUCCUUGACAGCUCUUGUGGAAUGGUAACGCCACUUUUUGACACUACAAUAGCAAAUAUAAAUCUUGCAACACAUGGAAGAUUUGAAACAAUGAACGCUGUAUUGAUCUGUUCUAUUGCUGCAUCGACAUUCAAUAGACACUUGGAGGCAUGGGAACCCUUAAUUGAGCCAUUUGAUGGGAUAUUCAAGUUUGAAACAUAUGAUACCAGUGAGCACCCUCCUUCAAAAGUUGGUAAGAGGAUUCGUGUUGCCGCAACAAGUCCUCUAAAUGCCAAUCUGAGCUCUGCAAAUCUUGAGCUUCUUAUAGAAACUUUAAUUUCAUGGAGAAGACAGAUUGAUCUAGAAAAAGAUUCAUCAAUGAAAAAUGGGGACACUGUCGGAAAUAUGAAAAAAGCUGAAGAUUCUUCCUGCUCUGCUUUGAAUGAAGAGGAUUACCAGAGAGUAGUUUUUGAGAACAAAUUAGGAUGUGAUGUUUAUCUUAAGAAAUUAGAAGACACUGAAAACAUUAUUGAGCUCUUACAGAAUGAUAGUAAAGUUUCACUGUUGAUGCCACCUCCCAGGUUUUCUGAUAAACUAAAUGUAUUAUCCAAUGCUACAGAAUCAAGAUAUUAUGUUGUCAUACAGAUCUUCGAGUCCAAGGGCUUGCCUAUCAUAGAUGAUGGCAAUGGUCAUAGCUAUUUCUGUGCUUUACGCUUACUUAUUGGAAGUAAUGCUUCUGAUCAGCACAAAGUAUUCCCACAGAGUGCCAGAACAAGAUGUGUAAAACCUGUGAGAACUAGUGAGUUACGGACUCAUUAUGCUAAGUGGAAUGAGCAUUUUAUAUUUGAAGUUCCAGAACAGGCCUCAGCUAAUUUAGAGAUUGAGGUAACAAAUCUUGCAUCAAAAACUGGGAAAGGUGAAGUACUUGGUUCUUUGUCAAUCCCAAUUGGACGAGGAGCAACAAUGUUGAAACGAGCUCCUUCAAUGAGGAUCCUUCAGCAAGCUUCUGAUGUUAAACGAGUACUAACAUGUCCUCUUACAAAGAAGGGUCAGGUACCUAAUUAUGAAGACAGGAAAAACUGUGGUGUUUUGGUCCUCUCAAGCUGUUAUGUAGAACGACCUACUCAUUCAAACUUCCAGAGCAUGAAAGACAGCAUAAACCAUGCAGACAGUAACUUCUGGAUUGGACUUAGCCCAGAUGGUCCAUGGGAAAGCUUUACUGCAGCUUUGCCGGUGACAGUCCUUCCAAAAUCGCUUAACAAUAACCAUUUUGCAUUUGAGGUCAGCAUGAGGAAUGGAAAGAAACAUGCAACCUUGAGAGGUCUUGCAGUUAUUGCUAAUGAUGCUGACAUUAAACUUGAAGUAUCUUUAUGUCCGGUAAACAAGCUUAAUUGCUCUAUGCCGAAUACUAGAUCAGUGAGUUCCACCAAUUCUAUUGAUGAAGUAUUUGAAAAUCAGUGGUACCGACCAAUUAUGGGCUGGGGACCUAACCCCUCGAGUGAUUAUGCAAAUGACUUAAAGCAAUGGAGCACAAGGAACUGUUCGUACUCAUCAAAGGUAUUUUUUGAGCCUAAUCUUCCAUCAGGUUGGAGAUGGACGUCACCAUGGAAAAUUGAAAAGUCAAAUUUUGUAGAUAAUGAUGGAUGGGCAUAUAGUGCUGAUUUUCAAAACUUGAAUUGGCCGUCAUCCUCUUGGAAAUCUUCUAAAUCACUACAUGACUUUGUGAGGAGAAGGCGUUGGGUACGUUCGAGACAAAAAUUGCAAGAACAGGGUGCGGAAAUUCCUAGGAAAAUACUUGGUACUGUCAGUCCUCAUUCAUCUACUGCAUUGCCUUGGACAGCGAUGAUUAGGGAUAUGGAUCUGUGCUUGCAAGUCCGUCCGUAUUCUGAAAAAUCAGAGGAACCUUACAGCUGGAGCCAGGUUUGUUCUCUAGGUUCUGAGAGCGUACCUAAGCAGCAGCAGCAGUCUUCACUUUCUAGGCCAAGCACCUUAAACCAGUCGACAGCAUCAUCAGGGAAUUCCUUUCUUAAGCUUGCUGAACUUGAGAAAAAGGAUGUGCUUUCAUAUUGUCAUCCUCCUGUUGGCAAUGAAAGAUAUUUCUGGUUUAGUGUUGGAAUCGAUGCUUCUGUCGUUCAUACAGAUUUGAAUGUGCCUGUUUACGAUUGGAGAAUUUCUUUCAAUUCAAUCCUUAGACUUGAAAAUAAGCUUCCGUAUGAAGCUGAAUAUGCUAUUUGGGAGGUUUCCACUAAAGGUAAUAUGGUUGAAAGGCAGCAUGGUAUGGUCCCGUCAGGUGGAAGUGUAUUUAUCUAUUCAGCAGAUAUACGGAAACCUAUUUAUCUCACGUUAUUUCUCCAAAAUGGUUGGAUUUUAGAAAAGGAUGCUAUAUUGAUAAUGGAUUUGUUGUCCUUGGAACAUGUUUCUUCUUUCUGGAUGGUUCAGAAACAAAGCCAAAGGAGACUACGUGUAAGUGUUGAGCAUGACCUAGGAGCAAGUGAUGCUGCACCAAAGACGCUGAGAUUAUUUGUUCCUUACUGGAUAAAAAACCAUUCUUCAAUUCCACUAUCUUAUCGCAUUGUGGAAGGGGAACCAACAGAAAGCUCAGAUGCAGACUCACUUAGUAGACCAGAAUCACUAAGUAGAGUGGCUAAAUCUUCAAAAUUUUCCCUUAAGUAUUCUUCAAAGUCCCUUGUCAGAAGAGGCACAAUGUCGAGAAAUAUGCAAGUACUGGAAGUUAUUGAAGAUUGUGGCACAAACUAUGUGAUGCUAUCGCCACAGGAUUACUUGAACCGGUCUGCUGGUAUGCGCUCUGAGUCCAGGGAUAACAAUUUCAGCUCAGCUCGAGUUGCAAUAUCUGUGGCUGUUGGUAGUUCCACACAGUACAGUAUAGGAGUGUCUCUUUUCGAGCUUGAGAACAAGGAGCAUGUUGACAUCAAAGCAUACGCUUCUGAUGGCUCAUAUUACUGGUUCUCCGCUCAAUUGAAGAUGGCUUCAGAUAGAACAAAGGUGGUAAAUUUUCUGCCACAAGCACUUCUUAUCAAUAGAAUUGGGAGGAAUAUUUUUCUAUCUGAGUAUCAUAAUGAGGCUGAGGAGCCCUUGCUGUCAUAUGAACCUCCAAAAGUAUUUCAAUGGCGAUCGGAAUUUGGAUGUGAACUUUUAAAGUUGCGGCUGGAGGGAUACAAAUGGAGUACACCUUUUAGCAUAAAUGCCCAUGGAGUUAUGUGUGUGCUCAUGAACAGUAUUACAGGAAAUCAUCAAACUUUUGUGAGGGUAAAUGUUAGAAGCGGAACAAAAUGUUCACGCUAUGAAGUUGUAUUUCAGCUUGAUUGCUGGUCCAGCCCAUACAGGGUGGAGAAUCGCUCCAUGUUCUUGCCUAUACGGUUUCGGCAGGUCGGUGGUGAUGAUUAUUCAUGGCGUAGUCUGCCUCCAAAUUCAUCAGCUUCCUUUUUCUGGGAAGAUCUCAGCAGGAAGCGUCUAUUGGAAGUAUUGGUUGAUGGAACUGACCCUAUGAACUCCAUGACAUAUGACAUUGAUGUUGUUAUGGAUCACCAGCCACUGACGAAUUCAAGUGCUCUUAAGAAGGCUUUACGUGUCACUGUUUUGAAGGAGGGGAAAUUGCGUGUUACCCAAAUUAGUGAUUGGCUGCCAGAUAGUCGAAAUCGGGGACAGAUAAUUGAAAGGAUAUUAUCACCAAUCUUUCAACCAUCAGAGGUCGACUAUGGGCAGUCAUCUCCAGAUCUGGAUAGUGAAUUCCAUGUUACUUUGGAACUAAUGGAGCUGGGCAUUUCUGUAAUUGACCAUAUGCCUGAGGAAGUUCUUUACCUCUCAGUGCAGCAACUAUUAGUUGCAUACUCAUCUGGAAUGGGCUCCGGAGUAAAUCGGCUCAAAAUGCAGAUGCACUGGUUUCAAAUAGACAAUCAAUUGCCAUUUGUUCCUAUGCCUGUCCUUUUCUGUCCUCAAAAGCUUGAGAAUCAGUCAGAAUACGUUUUCAAGUUUUCUGUGACAGUGCAGACCAAUAAUUCUCUAGAUUUUUGUGUCUAUCCAUAUGUUGGUGUGCAGGUUCCUGAGAGUUGUGUGUUUUUUGUUAACAUACAUGAACCAAUCAUUUGGCGCCUCCACGAGAUGAUUCAACACCUCAAAUUUGAUAGGAUAUAUAGCAGCCAACCUUCAGCUGUUUCAGUGGACCCUAUACUGAAAAUUGGCCUUUUGAACAUCUCUGAGAUUCGAUUUAGAGUGUCAAUGGCAAUGUCCCCUAGCCAAAGGCCAAGGGGAGUUCUUGGGUUCUGGUCGUCCUUGAUGACUGCAUUGGGAAACAUGGAGCAUAUGCCGGUGCGUAUAGCUCAAAGGUACCGAGAGGAAUUGUGCAUGCGGCAAAGUGCACUUACGAACUCAGCUAUAUCUAACAUUCAAAAGGAUCUUCUUAGCCAACCUCUUCAACUACUUUCUGGUGUUGACAUUCUUGGUAAUGCUAGUAGCGCUUUGAGUAACAUGAGCAAGGGUAUAGCAGCACUGUCUAUGGACAAGAAAUUCAUUCAGAGCCGAAUGAGACAGGAUAGCAAAGGUGUGGAAGACUUUGGUGAUGUCAUAAGAGAUGGAGGUGGUGCUCUUGCAAAAGGCAUCUUCAGAGGUGUCACAGGCAUAUUGACAAAGCCCAUAGAGGGUGCAAAAUCUUCCGGUGUUGAGGGUUUUGUUCAAGGAGUUGGAAAGGGAAUAAUUGGCGCAGCUGCACAACCAGUUAGUGGAGUUCUUGAUCUUUUAUCAAAAACUACUGAAGGUGCCAAUGCCGUAAAAAUGAAAAUAUCGUCAGCUAUAAUGGCUGAGGAACAAUUGCUGCGUAAGCGUCUCCCUCGGGCUAUUGGUGGUGAUAGUUUGCUCUAUCCUUAUGACGAGCAUAAAGCAACUGGUCAGGCUAUCUUGCAUCUAGCUGAAUGUGCUACAUUCCUUGGUCAAAUUGACAUUUUUAAAAUCCGUGGAAAGUUUGCUUCUACUGAUGCUUAUGAGGAUCAUUUUGUACUUCCUAAGGUGAAGAUUCUUUUAGUUACUCACAGAAGAGUACUAUUGCUUCAGCUACCAUUGAUGACUCAGCGUAAGUUCAAUCCUGCAAAGGAUCCUUGCUCAGUAAUCUGGGAUGUGUUAUGGGAUGAUCUGGUAACGGUGGAGAUGACCCAUGGGAAAAAAGACCCUCCAGGAUCCUUGCCUUCAAAGCUUAUUUUGUACUUGAAAGCUAAACCUUCAAACUCGAAGGAAGUUGUUCGGUUGGUCAAGUGUAACCGUGGUUCAGAUCAAGCAACUGUCAUUUACUCUGCAAUUGACAAAGCUUAUAAAGCUUACGGUCCAAAUUCAGUGAAGGAAUUAUUGAGAUGGAAGGUGCCAAGACCAUAUGCCCCACGCAGUAAUAGCAGUCGAAGUUCCCAAGACUUGACAUUUGGUUAAAAGAUCGACAGAUUCCGUUAUUCCAAAUUUGUAGAAAAUUAUAUUAUGGAUAUGUGUUAAUAGUAUGAUACAACCAACACACUUCUAGAUUGAAGGUAUUUUAGGUUCCCGCCUUGUUAACAUAAGUGGCAGUUUGUUAGGUUUUCUGCGUUGCAUUGCUUGUACAUAGUUUUUCAGGUGGCGCCGAUAUGGUGAUGUAAAUGACGACCAUAUCUGUGAUAAAAAAUUUUCUAAUACUGCACCAUUUAUGGCUACUGUUCUUGAUGCAAAAGAUCGUGCUCCUUCAUGAAAUAUCUUUACCCUUACCCACCUA